AUGGAUCCGUUGCAGCACUCUGCCUCGGAGGUUCCUGCUGUCGCAGAGCCACAGCACCCUGCUGCGGAGGACCGAGUAUCCGAGGCACCUGCACCGCGGGAAGCUCACUCCUCUGAACAGCAGCCUCAUGAAGACCCGGCGCUGGCGCCUGUCAAUGUCAACUUGGAAGAGCCUGUUUCUGUCGAUCAGUCUGCUGGUCGCGUAGGCAUUGACAACGGCUACAACAGCGAUUCCAAGGCGCACUAUCACUCGCGUUCUACCGAUUUCCACCACUCCGCUCCCGAAUACACCCACCAAGAUGCCGAUGCCGCAGCUCGCCUCACCUCAUCCCCAUCAGUCAACCCGCAGCCUCAACUGCAUCCCUCCCGGCCUGGGUCCGGGUUCUCCAGUGGCCCAGAACGACAUGGCCUGUCUCAACAGCCACAGCCUGCGGAAGCUGCCCAACGACAAGCCGCCCAGUCCUCGAAGAACAGCGUUGUGAUCAAGGUCGGCAUGGUUGGAGAUGCUCAGAUUGGCAAGACAAGUCUGAUGGUGAAGUACGUGGAAGGCAGCUGGGACGAGGACUACAUUCAGACACUGGGCGUCAACUUUAUGGAGAAGACCAUUUCAAUUCGCAAUACUGAGAUUACCUUUUCGAUUUGGGAUCUCGGUGGCCAACGCGAAUUUGUCAACAUGCUGCCGCUGGUUUGCAACGACGCCGUGGCCAUUCUGUUCAUGUUUGAUCUUACCCGCAAGAGUACACUGAACUCCAUCAAGGAAUGGUAUCGCCAGGGUCGGGGCUUCAAUAAGACAGCCAUUCCGUUCCUGGUUGGCACCAAGUAUGAUCAUUUUGUCAACUUUCCCCGUGAGGACCAAGAGGAAAUCUCACUCCAGGCCAAGCGAUUUGCCAAAGCGAUGAAGGCUAGUUUAAUCUUCAGCAGUACUAGUCAUAGUAUCAAUGUGCAAAAGAUUUUCAAGAUCGUUCUGGCCAAGGCAUUCGACCUCAAGUGCACAAUUCCCGAAAUAGAAAAUGUCGGCGAGCCGCUACUGCUCUACAAGAAUGUGUGA